CCUACACCUCAUUUCGAGACCCACCCGUGCGCAUCGCCGUUGACCUGCAUCCGCAGCAAAGCCAAAGCAUCUCUUCCUCACAAUUGGACAGCUUAUACUCGUGCUUGAGCCUCCGUCGCAUACGUGCUGCGUGGCUUUGUAUCUUUUUCUGUUGCAAAAUUCGAGCGUGGACGGAGGCUAGGUUUGCGGUGGAGAUUUCUCUACUGCAUCCGCAACGACACUGUGAUUGGAUUUAGUGACCAAGUAUCAAGAUGCGGGACGGUGGCUUGGGGGGCAAAUUGGUGAAGAGGAUGAAACGAUUUGGGGAUACUUUAAACCCUGAUGAUGCGUACCUAAGCUAUCAUGAUAUUCGAUUAACCAGAGGAGACAUGCAAUCCUUAAAAGAUGACUGGCUCACCGACAAUGUAAUUUCUUUCUGGGAAGAAUAUCUCGAGCGCGAAUUCCUCUCCCAUUCCAAAUCCGCCAAUAUCGUUCUCCUGCGCCCCAGCAUGUCCUUUAUGAUCCUCCAGACCCCAGACCCUCGAACUCUCCGCGAAGCCCUGCCGGACUUUUCCCGCACUACGCACGUUUUCCUGCCGAUCAAUGACUGCCGCAACGUCACCGAAGCCGAGGGUGGCACACACUGGUCAUUGCUGCUUGUAUCAAUUGUUGACGGCCUCGCUUUCCAUUAUGAUUCCCUGCCCCCCGGAAACUUCUGGGAGGCGCAGGCUGUGACGAUGAAGUUGGGGAAUUUGCUGAAUCGGAAUAUCCGAUAUGUCCAUCUGGAAGACUCGCCCGUUCAGGAGAACGGAAGUGACUGUGGGGUGUUCGUCUGCUUGAGCAUGCGGUAUCUUUUGUUGAAGCGAUUAUUGACGGCGAAUACGAACGAGAAAGUCAGUUUAAGUCUAGGCGGAAGAAAGGUGGAUGCGAGAUCCGGCAGGAAGGAAAUUGCGCGGAUUAUUGAGGGGUUCAGGAAGGAAGGGGAGCGGCUACGGUCGGCGAGUAUGAGCCCAAUGGGCCAUAGGUCGACAAGUCCGCCCAGGAUCGAGUGAUGGGUGAUGUUUCUGUAUCAAUUGAAGGGACAGCUUUAAGCUGCUGGGUGGACUGCAUAUUAAUAACGAAAAGGCUCAGGAAGAUAGGGAGAGGGGCGGUUAAUGUUUUGGCAACCCGUUCCUCUUCUCUAUUCCGACUUCACUAUAUUGUUAAUUC